AGUUUUUUUAAAUUAUCAUUAAAUUAAUUAAGGAUGCUGGUCUCUCUGGUUGUGGGGGAGUUCUACUGUUCAUGUCAUGUCAAGUGAUCCAAGAAGCACAGAAUGUCUACACUCCAGCCAGGCUAGUGGGCAGACAGCAUCUAUCCAACUUUUCCAGGGGAGAAAAAUCUGUCUUAUUUAAGUAAUUUCAAAUAUGUUUAUUUGAUUUAGUUGUGUUGAAUUGGUAUGCAUUUGUUUUAUUCAUUUUAUAGAACUGUAUUUUCUUUCCAAUAAAAGACGACUCUUGUCUUUAGUUUUGUUUGUGGUCUUUGUUACUGUUUGCUAAAAUUGUGUUUUUGCUGUUUAAACAUGUUCUUGUAGCAUUUUUCUCAUAGUGGAGGAUAGUUAUAUGAAAAUUUAAGAUUAAAACUGCAUUUCUGAGUAUUUUUUUUACUUUAAUCGAGAUGGUUAAAAAUUGUAUGACCGUUUCUUUCUUUUUUGCUAUGCUAAUGCUAGCUUGAGCUUAUGAAGUGCUAGCUAGCAAGAGAGAGUGUAAACAAAGGGCUGAUGGGAAAUUAGCGCUAAAAACUGAAUGUUCAGAAUUCUAAAACAGUUGGAAGGAUUUUACAGUAGAAAAAAAUAGGGUUGGAGUGGGACUACUCCUAGUUGGACAAUAUCUUGGGAAAGAUUCUCUGCGGAGAACAAGCACCCACUUCUCCCGAUGACCAAAUUGAUAUGUGGGAGUUCAUGGAAAAGUCUCAGACAGCGUCAGCGUGUGACAUAAUGAGUCAGCUUGUAGGCGGCCUCUCCACCACGUCAAAAGACCCCACCAGUUUGUCUGAAGUGAAAACAGACUGCUGGCCGGUCCUCAAGUUUCACUACACGUUUGGACCGUACACUCACAAGCAGAGAGAUGAGCUCCGUCUUUGAAGUGGAAGCAUUGAUUUUCAUGAAGAGGAUUUGAGAGACCUGAGAGGCUCUUUCUCCAUAUGAGGAAGAAAAUCUUGAAAGCUACUUGGUUCCUCUUGAGUCUGUUAUUGAGUUUGAAACUCUGCUGUGGAAAAUUUGGAGCACCAAUUACGGAUGAUGUGAGCAAGCUGUCAGUUUUGAAGCAGAAUAUCCCCUCUGAUUAUGAGAUUCCGGUUAGUUACAUUCCCAAAGAAGUGGCUGGCACGUGCUGGGUGGUGUUAAAUAUCUACCCUUUGGAGCAAAGUCUUCGAAAGUUAAGCACCAUGUUUGGUGCCAUCUCCUCCAACAAGGACACCCUAGCAGUUUUUAUUGCAAUGCUCAGGAGUUUACGUUUCACCUUUGAUCACGAGGAGCUGGAAACUGUGAUGCAGGUCUUCCAGUGUCACUAUCAGGAACAGAGUUUACAGACCAGUCUUUACUUCGACUACAUCUCAGAUGUUUUACAUGCUGCAGCGCAAGGAUCUUCAAGCUUCUCGUGCAAACCGCCACCAUGCCGUAACCAUCAACAUGGUCAGGAAAAGAGUCGUGGACACAGCUGGCUCAUGAGGAGUCCCCUGCUUUUGGUGCUCAUCCCCUUCACAGCCUGCCUGGUCCUCAUAGUGUGGCAGGUCAAAUCCAGGAGGAGAUUACCAGCUGGCAACACUGCAAAUGGCCAAAUCGCAUCUCCAGACAUGAUCCCAACUCUGUCUGUCUCUAUUCCACUUGAAACGCUCUCCCACGCCGCUGACACUCAGCCAAACGGGGGAGGCGAUCGCUGAACACGAAAGAGGAUGGAGCGUGAUUAAAGCAGGGGGGAACAAAAAAUAUAAUAAAAAUGGACAGCAGGAGAAGGACUCACAUUCCAGGAUGUUCUGCCGUUAGAGCUCGGACGGAUGGCUGGAUGGAUGGAUGGAUGGGCGCUUACCCUGCUUUCACUCAUCCAUGCGCCAGAGAUAAUGGAUGUGAGAAAACUGAGCUGCUGCCAGGACCGGUGGUCAAAAACAAAUUCCCCUGACUCUUCAGAGGAAGCGAGGGCUUAAUAGAUGGCCAUCCGCCAAAAAUACUCUGUGAAGCAAAUAUAUAAGAAGAACUUUU